AUGCUUUUGGGCGCUGGGAGCGUGGAGAAGAUGUGGUCUGCCCAGCUGUGCCUGGCAGUGCUAACCAUCCUGACCAUGGCUCUGUGUGUCCCAUCUACGCAUGGAGACCCUUUUUUACUCCAAGGUAAGCUGGAAUACAGGCUACAUGACACAGAGAACCGAGUGCUGCCAGAGAGAGAAGACACAAAUCACGAGGACACAUUGCUGACUCUGCUUCUUAAUAAGAAAUUCGCAUGGCGGAGGCCAGAAAAUAUUGACUGGGAGCUGGCAAGGAAAUUUGAAGAGCUUGAAGAGCUGGAGAAGUUGAAGGAUCAGCUCUCAGCUGAGGAUGGGUCAGAGGUGGCCUAUGCCUUGGAAAGUCUCUCAGCAUCCCAGCCCAAAAAACGCGCCUGCUUUUGGAAAUACUGCAUCUGAAGGCUUGUGAGGACUGGAGGGUGAAGAUAAGCCCUUCCCCAAACUGCCUUGCUGGGUAUAAACGUGUUAAGAGUUUGUUCUGUUCCCUCAUUGUGCUGCUAAUUUGGAAGCCAUCCUCCACAACUGCACCACAGCCAAGACUAGCAGGGGUCAUGACAGGAGCUGGCAGCCCACUGCCACUCUCUCCUGCUCUCUUCCAGGUUUAACCUACCAUGGUCUUCUACUCAGAAGAUGUUUCCCAACUUUCUGUGCUGUCCUGUGUGUGCCAUUCAGGCUGCUACCACUGUACACUCUCCCCCUUCUCACCAGGUCCCCUGAGGCACCAAACACUGACUCAG